CUUAAUCAACCGCACAAACCGUUCGGUGCUUUGCGUCCAGCGUCCAUUGGGCUACCGCAAAUUUCGCCGUUAAAAUUCAUUCCUUCAUUCUCCGAUAUCUUCUCGCCUUCUUCCUUCCUUUAUCUUUGUUUCAAUUCCACGGCGUGAGACAGAGCUCAUUUCCGUGGUUUAGGAAUCAAAAUUAAAAAAAAAGAAAAAAAAAACAGAGGAUGGGGGCGGCGAUAUUGCCAGAUCUUGCGACGGAGAUUCUAAUUCCGGUAUGUGCCGUGAUUGGUAUCAUCUUUGCGCUUGUCCAAUGGCUUCUCGUUUCCAAAGUUAAGCUCUCUCACGACAAGUUUGAUGCUGGCGCCGACGGCAAAAAUGGCUUCACUGAGGCUCUUAUUGAGGAAGAGGAGGGCAUCAAUGGCGACAGCAUCGUCCAGAAGUGCGCCGACAUCCAAAACGCCAUCUCGGAAGGUGCAACCUCUUUUCUUUUUACCGAGUAUCAGUAUGUUGGUGUUUUCAUGGUUGCUUUUGCCAUUUUGAUCUUCGUCUUCCUGGGCUCUGUGGAGGGGUUCAGCACAAAGAGCCAGGCUUGUACAUAUGACAGUUCCAAACUAUGCAAGCCCGCUCUUGGAACUGCUGUCUUCAGUACCGUAUCCUUCUUGCUUGGUGCUAUCACAUCUGUGCUUUCUGGGUUUCUUGGAAUGAAAAUCGCAACCUAUGCAAAUGCCAGAACCACCUUGGAGGCCAGAAAAGGAGUUGGUAAGGCUUUUAUUACUGCAUUCAGAUCUGGUGCAGUGAUGGGUUUCCUUCUUGCCGCAAAUGGUCUUCUAGUAUUGUUCAUUGCCAUCAACCUUUUCAAGUUGUACUAUGGUGAUGACUGGGAAGGUCUGUUUGAGGCUAUAACUGGUUAUGGUUUGGGUGGAUCUUCAAUGGCCCUUUUUGGAAGAGUUGGUGGAGGUAUCUAUACCAAAGCUGCUGAUGUUGGAGCUGAUCUGGUGGGUAAGGUGGAGAGGAACAUUCCAGAGGAUGACCCUCGGAAUCCAGCGGUAAUUGCUGACAACGUUGGUGACAAUGUUGGGGAUAUUGCUGGAAUGGGAUCUGAUCUCUUCGGAUCUUAUGCAGAAUCAUCCUGUGCUGCUCUUGUUGUUGCUUCAAUUUCUUCUUUUGGAAUCAAUCAUGAUUUGACUGCAAUGCUGUAUCCUCUUCUGAUCAGUUCCGUUGGUAUUCUUGUUUGUUUGAUCACCACUUUGUUUGCCACCGAUUUCUUCGAAGUCAAGGCUGUGAAGGAUAUUGAGCCAGCAUUGAAGAAGCAACUUAUUAUCUCCACAGCUUUGAUGACUAUCGGUAUCGCAAUUGUAUCUUGGAUUGCCCUCCCAUCCUCCUUCACCAUAUUUAACUUUGGGGUCCAGAAGGAAGUUCAGAACUGGCAACUAUUCUUGUGUGUUGCUGUUGGUUUGUGGGCUGGUCUUAUUAUUGGCUUCAUCACUGAGUACUACACCAGCAAUGCUUACAGCCCUGUGCAAGAUGUUGCCGAUUCCUGCCGCACUGGAGCUGCCACAAAUGUUAUUUUUGGCUUAGCAUUGGGUUACAAAUCUGUUAUUAUUCCAAUUUUCGCCAUAGCAAUCAGCAUUUUUGUGAGCUUUAGCUUUGCUGCGAUGUACGGUAUUGCAGUAGCAGCCCUUGGAAUGCUAAGCACCAUAGCUACUGGAUUAGCCAUAGACGCUUAUGGACCCAUCAGUGAUAAUGCUGGAGGCAUUGCUGAAAUGGCUGGUAUGAGCCACAGAAUCCGCGAGAGAACUGAUGCCCUUGAUGCUGCAGGCAAUACCACUGCAGCCAUUGGAAAGGGUUUUGCAAUUGGCUCUGCUGCUCUUGUUUCCCUUGCACUCUUUGGUGCUUUUGUUAGCAGGGCAGCGAUUUCCACUGUGGAUGUCCUGACACCCAAAGUUUUUAUUGGUUUGAUUGUGGGAGCAAUGCUUCCUUACUGGUUUUCUGCCAUGACAAUGAAAAGUGUUGGGAGCGCAGCUCUGAAGAUGGUUGAGGAAGUGCGCAGGCAAUUUAAUACCAUACCUGGUCUCAUGGAAGGUACUACCAAGCCUGACUAUGCCACAUGCGUUAAGAUUUCUACAGAUGCUUCUAUCAAGGAGAUGAUUCCUCCUGGUGCUCUUGUCAUGCUCACACCCCUCAUUGUGGGGAUCUUCUUUGGUGUGGAAACACUUUCUGGUGUUCUUGCUGGAUCUCUGGUAUCUGGUGUACAGAUUGCUAUUUCUGCAUCUAAUACUGGUGGUGCAUGGGACAACGCCAAGAAGUAUAUUGAGGCUGGUGUGUCCGAUCAUGCAAGAAGUCUGGGGCCUAAAGGAUCUGAUCCACACAAAGCAGCUGUGAUUGGUGACACCGUUGGUGAUCCUCUCAAGGACACAUCUGGACCAUCCCUCAACAUUCUCAUCAAACUAAUGGCAGUCGAAUCACUUGUUUUUGCUCCCUUCUUUGCCACUCACGGUGGCCUGCUGUUCAAGAUCUUCUAGAAUAGGAGCGCGAGCUUUACUACAGAGGAUCUGCCUCUAAUUAUUGUCUGUCUGACGAUCUUACCUGAAAGUCCCGCUUCGUUGUCUUGCCCUCAUCAUCUUCUUCUUACUUGUCUUAGUUUUCAAAAUUGAAGAAAUUUUUAAAGGCUUAGGUUUGCGGGCAGAAGUUUUUACUAGAGGUUUAAUGGUGAUGAUGAUGAUGAUGAUAAUUGUCAAUCUUUGUGAAGAGCUGGGGCGGCAUCAAUAUUCUUUUUCGAGUAAAUGAACAGCUUAUAAAUCUUUUCUGCAGAUAGACUGCAUUUAUUUCUCUGUAGUGCAGUCGUGCUUAAGAGACAGUCAGGAUGCUUGAUAACAUUUGCACCACCUGUCGGCAGCUUGUGAGAUGUCAUGAUUGCACUCUCUACGGUAAAAAGACUCGGUGGGGUCUUGCGAUUUGCUC